AAACUUUCCGUGUUCCCCACUGAUCGACCCAAUCAUCUCCACGCCUUCGCAGGAUGUCGGCAACAGAGCUCGACCGGCAAGUGAUCUACCACAUCGACCCCUCCUUGGAAUACCGGCCCGAAGAUGCUUCUCAGAAGUUCCGUAACUACACCAUCAACCCUGACGAUCCCAUUCAGAGGAGAGUUUUCGAGACCUAUCUGAAGAUGCAUACCUACCAAACAGUGGACUUCGUGCAAGGGAAGCGCAAACAAUACGGAGCGUUCGACAAAAUCCGAAUGCCUAUCAUGGCAGCCCUCGAGAAGCUCAACGACCUCAUCGAUGAAUCGGAUCCUGACGUCGACAUGCCAAACAUUGUCCACGCUUUCCAAACUGCUGAAGAAAUCCGUGCGAAACACCCUGACCAGGACUGGUUCCAUCUGACAGGUCUCAUACACGAUCUAGGAAAAGUGAUGGCUUUCUUCAACGAGCCGCAAUGGGCCGUAGUCGGCGACACAUUCCCGGUGGGGUGUCAAUUCGCGAAAUCGAUCGUGUACCGUGACUUCACGUUCGUUCUGAACCCAGACAACGAGAAAGAGGAGUACUCGACACCUACCGGCAUGUAUGAACGUCAUUGCGGACUCGAGAACGUGCUGAUGUCCUGGGGCCAUGACGAGUACUUGCAUAUGGUCCUGAAAAAUCACCCUGGAUGCACUUUGCCUGAGGAGGCGUUUUAUGUUAUCAGAUUCCACUCAUUCUACCCAUGGCACACCGGUGGUGACUACGAUCACUUAUGCAACAGCAAAGAUCGCGAGAUGCUCAAAUGGGUUCAAGAAUUCAAUAAGUUCGACUUGUACACUAAAUCAGAGACCGUUCCUGACAUCGAGAAGCUUGUUCCCUACUACCAAGGCCUCAUCGACAAAUACCUACCCGGAGAUGUUUCGUUCUAGAUGCUCUAUUUCAAACUGAUAGGUAUGAUCGUACGGCACAAGUAGGCAACCAAUCAUUGUACCCAAUCAUUGAAUGAGAGUUUUUUUUAUUAAAUACAAUAUACCUCGGAAAA